UCCGUAUAGAAUGCUGUACUUGGAUUGGCCACCGGAUUCCGCGCUCCCUCCUCAUCCGGUCGCCUUGUUCUGACCUUCUGUCAGUCGGUUGUCGGUCAGUGAUCCGGUCGCAGCUCUCGGUAACCAUGGUAGCUUAUUGGAGACAGGCUGGACUCAGCUACAUCAGGUUUUCUCAGAUCUGCGCCAAAGCGGUCCGAGAUGCCCUCAAACCGCAGUUUAAAGCGGAGGCUGAAAGAGCCGCUGCCGUCAACGUGAGGAUCGUCAAACCCAAGAAAGAAUGAGUCUGUUUCAUCACUGAAAGAGAAUCACGUCUUUUGACCGCAGACGACCGUUUUGCCGCAAACACUGACCACACCUCAGAGGAGCCCCUAUGUGUUUAAGUUAAAUCCUGCGAGUAAAUAAAUGGAAGUGGUUUCAUUUGUAA